GGAAGUCACGCCAGGUCCACCUGCCAGCCAGCAAGCAACACCUGGGGAGAUUGGCACUCGAUCUUGUCAACCUGUUCAGCAUCACCCAGACUAUACCCUUCUUUGCUCACACUGCCUAGUAUGCAACUGCCUGGUAUGCGCGGUGUCGUCUCGCCGCUUCUCUCCUUCCACUCAAGAAAUGCCGCUGGACGGACGUGUCGUCCUUCAAGGAGAGCGAAAUCGACGACUACGACGACGACGACAUCCGGCGGCGAGUUUGUCAAGAUUGUGGAAGUCGGCCCACGCGACGGUUUGCAAAACGAAAAGACCAUCAUCCCAUCAUCCACCAAAAUCGAAUUCAUCAACAAACUCUCCUCCACCGGCCUCCCCGUCAUCGAAUCAACCUCCUUCGUAUCUCCGAAAUGGGUACCUCAAAUGGGAGACGCCACCGCUGUUCUCAAGGGAAUCAAACAGAGGGAGGGUGUCUGGUACCCGGCACUGACGCCGAAUUUGAAGGGAUUAGAGGGAGCGAUUGCGUCCGGGGUGAAAGAAGUCGCCAUCUUUGGAGCUGCCAGUGAGAGCUUUAGUAAGAAGAAUAUCAACUGCUCGAUUGAGGAGAGUUUGAAGCGGUUUGAGGAUGUUGUUGCUAAAGCAAAGGAAAACGGAAUCAAGAUCAGGGGGUACGUGUCGACAGUAGUAGGCUGCCCCUACGAAGGCCCCAUCGCUCCCGAAAAAGUCGCACAGGUAUCCCGCCGCAUGUACGACAUGGGCUGCUACGAAAUAUCCCUCGGCGACACGAUCGGAGUUGGCACCCCCGGCAAGUUCAGCACCAUGCUCAAGCAUGUGAAGCAGGUCGUCCCCGUUGAAAGUCUGGCGGUGCAUUGUCAUGAUACGUAUGGGCAGGCGUUGGCGAAUAUCCUGGUUUCUUUGCAGCAUGGAGUACGCGUAGUGGAUAGCUCGGUCGCGGGUCUAGGCGGCUGCCCCUAUGCCCACGGCGCAACCGGCAACGUCGCCACAGAAGACGUCCUCUACAUGCUCCACGGCCUCGGCUACACCACGGGUGUUGACCUCCCCGCCGUCGUCUCGGUUGGGAACUGGAUUUCUGAACAGUUGGGCAGGAAAAAUGCUUCCCGUGUUGCAGCUGCUAUGACCCGACCUGCGAGUAGGGAGAACGCGGAGAAGGCGGCGGCCAAGUUGUGAGGCCUGGCAGGGUCGAUGUGUGUGUGUGUGUGUGUGUUGU